AUGAGAGUACUGCAAAAUGUGUACUUCAUCGUAGCACUUCUGAAUGACAUCUUCGGGACCAACUCGGCCACGAAAAAGCCGCCACUAAUCCGGCAAUUCAAGGACAUCCUAUUCAGCAUUACGCUCAGUGCUGCUCUUUAUGUGGUCCUAGUAUUCUGGACCUUCUACAUCAUCGACAAGCGGGCCAUCUUCCCUAACGAUGAAAUCGAAAAAAUCUUCCCCAUGUGGCUCAACCUUAUCAUGCACACACUAAUUCUACCAAUUAUUUUAGUAGAAUUAUACCUCACUAAGAGAAACUAUCCUUCAAGGAAAACUGGGUUCUCUGUAGCCAUCUUCUUGACUGCUAUUUAUGCCGUUUACAUUCAUGUUAUUUACUUUAAAUACGGUAUCUGGCCUUACCCAUUCCUGUAUGUUGUUAGUUGGACGACAAAAGGCAUAUAUUUCCUAGGUAGCGCUGCACUGGGCAUGGCUUUCUAUUCGUUCGGUGAAAAGUUAGACGCCAUGGUCUCUGAUAAAAAUAGUAAAGUAACUUACACUAAUGGAACUAAGAAAAUACACUGA